AUGCUGACAAAGGUUGUCCAACUGAACCUGGCGGAGGACCAGUGGAUCAGUGUCUCUACGGUAACAGUGGGCCUUAGUGCGGUCCUUACGUGUGCCAUCCAAGGGACGCUGCGUCCACCAAUCAUCUGGAAGAGGAACGGCAUCAUCCUGAACUUCUUGGACCUGGAGGAUAUCAACGACUUUGGGGACGAUGGCUCCCUGUACAUCACCAAGGUGACAACCAUCCACAUGGGGAACUACAGUUGCCAUGCCUACGGCUAUGAAGACCUCUAUCAGACUCAUGUGCUGCAGGUGAAUGUCCCUCCAGUGAUCCUGGUCUACCCGGAGACGCAGGCCCAGGAGCCCGGCGUAUCUGCCAGCCUCCAUUGCCACGCCGACGGCAUCCCGAAUCCCAAGCUCCUCUGGCUGAAGAACGGCAUGGACCUGCUGCCCAGAUCCUCCACACAGCUCGCUCUCAUAGCCAAUGGUAGUGAGCUCUUCAUUGGCAGCGUCCGGUACGAGGACACUGGAGCCUACACAUGCAUCGCCAAGAAUGAGGUUGGCGUGGACGAGGAUAUCUCCUCUCUGUUUGUUGAAGACUCGGCCAAGAAGACCCUUGCAAACAUUCUGUGGAGAGAAGAAGGGUUGAGCGUGGGAAACAUGUUCUAUGUGUUUUCUGAUGAGGGUAUCACUGUUCUUCAGCCCAGUGAAUGUGAGAUACGCAAACACAUGCAGCGGGCAGAGAGGAUUGUUGCUACAUAUGAGGAGAUGUGCCCUAAGGGUGAGGGGGUGUCACCUCAGCACUGUGUGUGGUCCUCAGCAGUCAACGUCAGGGAUAAGUACAUCUACGUGACCCAGCCCCUCCUGAGCCGACUGCUGGUGGUCGAUGUUCAGACGCAGAAGGUUGUGCAGAGACACCGCCGGAGAAGGAGCACUGAGAGCAGCAUGGAGGAGAACAAAAAGACCCCUGGAGCUCAGUGGUUCCUAUCAAUGUCUAUCACACCAAGCGGGUCAGCUGAGCAGCCCCUCACAGGAGGGUUCGAGGAGAGGGACUUAAAUAUUCAUGUGACACUGAAGGUAGAUCCAAACAAAUAA